AUGGCCUAUCUGACUGGCUUCCUGGGGUCUUUCGAAGGGUCUGAAGAGCUCCGAGCCAGAUUGCCCACUGCCAUCAUCGACAAGAUCACUGCGUUGGAGUUGUACCAAAAAAACAACAUUGCUCUGCUCCACUUCAAAAGUCCACAGCACCUGAAUGAUCUCCUCCAAGAGUCUAGAAAUGAAUUGACGCUGGAUGGGAAGGAGUUGGCCAUAAGUCCUGUCUACUUGUUCUGGGACAUCCCUAAAAGAGAAAAGCCCAAAGAUAUUCUCACUGCCAAUCGCUUCGAGGACAAUGCCGCACUCCGCCAUUCACUGCGGUCCGUGGAGAAAUAUGCCCCAUGGGUACGACAUAUCUUCAUUGUCACAAACGGGCAGAUUCCUUUCUGGCUGAACCUGGAGAACCCCCAAGUUUCAGUUGUCACACAUAAGGAAAUCUUCUUGAACCACAGCCACCUACCCACUUUUAGCUCGCCAGCGAUAGAGAGCAACCUCCACCGCAUUCCAGGACUUGCUCAGAAGUUCAUUUACCUCAACGAUGACGUGAUGUUUGGCAAAGACGUAUGGUUGGACGACUUCUACACCCCUACGAAUGGGCAGAAAGUCUAUCUCACCUGGCCUUUCCCUCCUUGCUCCAGGGGCUGUUCAGGAGGCUUUAUAGAAAAUGGAGUGUGUAAUCAGCAAUGCAACAAUGUUGCCUGUGAUUGGGAUGGAGGAGACUGCAAGGGUAGAGCGAUUAACAAUGACUCAGGGAAAGGCAGAUCUCGACGCAGUGCUGGAAUUUGGGGCACCAGUAACGGUGGUGAGCUUCCCCAAGCUCGCACGUCCCAGGUUGCCACCCCAAAUAAAACGCUGACACCAGAACCACUAUUGAUCUUUUUGAAUGAGGACAAAAGUGGUUCCCAAGUGCAAGUGUCAAGUACGACUGCAACUCCGGUGAGGAGGAAUCUCCAAGCGUUUGACUCUUAUAACAAAGGCUUCUUACCCUGGGAGAAAAUCAAGUACUUCAAAUACCUUCCCAAGGAAGAUGAGCGUCAACCGAGAAUGCAAAUGUAUGAGACCAAUGGUGCCGCCAUUGCCCGAAAGCUGCAGAACAGUUUUGCAGACUCACUGCGCUACGUGGACAGAUUGUACAACCGCAAAUUUGGCAUCAUGUCUCGGCAAACUAUCGCACAUACGCCCCACAUGAUUGACAAGUUUGUCAUGCAAGAACUGCAGGACACAUUCCCAAAAGAAUUUGAAAAGACCUCAAGUCACCAUUUGCGUGAUUCAGAUGACAUGCAGUUUGCCUUUUCCUACUUUUACUAUCUGAUGAGCGUCAAGCAGCAGGUUAACAUUUCAGAGGUGUUUGACACAGCUGACAAAGAUCACUCUGGCCUUCUUUCUAAAAGUGAGAUUGAAGGCUUUGCCAGGAGAAUCUUCAAGGAGCCACUGAACCCUACGGACUUGACAGGUUUAAGUAAUGAACUGAUCACCUGCUCAAAAACACCUCAAAAUGAAGUCAUGCAGAUCCGUCAAGGGAAAUCUAGUCAGGAGGUCUACAGUGACCAAAACAUGCCCCAGAUAACAAAAGAUCUCGUCCUGCACUGCAAGCCUGUCACAGAUCGUAUUCGUAAAGCCUUCGCAGGCCAGAAGAAAUACAAGUAUCAGAUCAUGGAGGAGGAGGAGAUACAUUUCAAGUUAAUCAAGAACGACAAGGACAUGAACAUUCUUCAUUUUAAAGAUGUUCGGAACAAACCCAAAAAGUUCAUCUGCUUGAAUGAUGACAUUGACCGCAACAAAAGCGGCGCCAAGGAAGCGAAUGUGAUGCUGGCAGAGUUCUACAAAGCCAUGUUCUCACGUCCAUCUCAGUUUGAACUACCUCUCAACAAGACCAACAGGUUCCUGCACAUGGAUGAGCUCCAGAAAUGGGAAGUUUACCAGGAGAAGCUAAGGUUCUACAGAUACUGUGCCGUUGUGGUUCUCAUCAUCUUUGGUCUCAAGAUCAUCUUCAAACUGAUGACUCGACUGAAACAAAUGCGGCUGCACAGGCGUAAAGAGCUCAAGUACAAGACAUUUCAGCAAAAGGCAAACGUCUAACUCCAGUUGAGUUCGAGGGAGGAUCCAGAUCCAGGGGAUCCAGAGUGUCUGCUUGUCUUCCGUGAAAUCCAAUAUGUUUAAGCGGUGAAGGACUAAGUGGAAAAAGGGCCUAUUAGCAGUCACUUAAUGAUCAACUGAAACAAGCUUAUGCUUAUACCCAAGGUUGAAGUUUCAUUGUUAUCUUGUUUGAAUGUUUCAAGAUCACCUUAGUACCAAACUUGUUUGGAUAAAAAAAAAAAA